AUGGCCUCAUUUGCAAACACGUUCUACAACACGUUCGUCAGGCGAAACAGCAUAUACGUGACCGCGAUCUUCGCUGGUGCAUACGCGUUUGGUGUCGGGUUCGACGUGGGUAUUACUUCAUUAUGGGAUCAUUGGAACAAAGGGAAGCAGUGGAAGGACAUCCGUGACAAAUAUGUGCAUUGA